AGAAGAUGCACAAGCCAGUAUUGUUGGAUGUUCAUGCUGAUUUUGACAAAUCAUUUAAAGUCCUGAUUGAGGAAAGUUCUUUUGUUCAACAUUCAUAUCAUCCUACAAUUGAAGAAAGAAAAAAGUUGGUAUAUAAAGAGGAACAACUGCAAGUAUAACAUCUGAAGUUUACUGGCAUACUAUUAUAAAAAUGCAGUGUGUUAAAGAAGAGUUUAAAGAGGAGUGUGAAGACAUCAGUAUUACAGAAUCAUGCAGAAUUAAACAUGAAGAUACUGAAGAACAAAGAGAUUUGAUACAAGUUAAAGAGGAAAGACAAGAGCAGAAUGAAGUGGAGGAGAAACGUCAUGAUCAUAAAUUUGAUAAUAUGACUGGUGAAGAAGAUUUUAGUGGUUCAAAGACUGAAAAUCAUUUCUCAAGAGACAAAAAUUCCUUCACCUGCUCUCACUGUGGAAAGAGUUUUACACAAAAAGGAUACCUUAAAACUCACUUAAGACUUCACUCUGGAGAGAAGCCUUUCACCUGCCUUCAGUGUGGAAAGAUUUUUGCACAUAAAGUAAACCUUAAGCGUCACAUGAGAAUUCAUUCUGGAGAAAAGCCUUUCACAUGUCAUCACUGUGGAAAGAGUUUCUCAGUGACAUCAAGCCUUCAAAGUCACCUUCGACUUCACUCUGGAGAAAAGCCUUUCACAUGCCUUCAAUGUGGAAAGAGUUUUACACAGAGAGGACAUCUUUAUGUUCACAUGAAAAUCCACACGGGAGAGAAACCUUUUACAUGCCCUCAAUGUGAAAGGAGUUUUGCACAUAAAGGAGAUCUAAAUCGUCACAUGAGAAUCCACAGUGGAGAAAAGCCUUUCACAUGCCUUCAGUGUGGAAAGAGUUUCACUCAAGCAGGGAAUCUCAAACAUCAUCUGCAUUUUCAUUCUGGAUUUAAGCCAUUUAACUGUGAUCAGUGUGGCAGGAAAUUUCUGCUGGUAUCGCAUCUAAAGGUACACCUGAGAACUCAUACAAAUGAGAAGCCUCACGUGUGCUCUUUUUGUGGAAAGAGUUUUAUUACAUCAGGAGAGCUGAAAACACAUGAGAGGGUGCAUACUGGAGAGAAGCCAUUCAAAUGUACUAUAUGUGAGAAGAGUUUCAGCACAUCAGGUAAUCUACAGACUCAUUUAAAAAAGCAUUCUCCAAAAGUGUCAAAGUAAGCAAAUCAAAUUUUUGGGUCAACUCUUAUUUAAUGUAACACUUCAGUCUUAACUAGUCAAUUUCAGUCAGUCAGCUUCAGUCAGUGUACUACAUCUGGGCCUGUGUUCACAAAGAUUUUUAUCUUACUAAUUAGAGUUCUCCAAAGAGUUCCUAGCUAGGAGUUUUUGCUUAAAACCAACCUUUCCCUAAACUGCUAAGAGCAAGUUUUACUAAGAAAAUCUUAUAAGGCAGUAUUGACCUCAUUGCUAUGGAUGAUGUCACGGUUUAUGUGUGUGCUCUUUUAAAUCACCCCAAAUGGUUGGUAGACUCUAGGGCUGCACGAUUUGGACGAAUUUCAUAUUGCGAUUUCAAUUUGAACUGCGAUUAUGAUGGUAAUGUUUUCCACAUGUUCAACUGCAAAAAGGCUGCUGGGGUUUUCACACUUGAGCCUUCUUAAAAAGAACCAAACUGAGACCUUUUUUCAGUUCAACCACAAACAAAUAAAUAUAUAAACAGUGAAACAAAUUCUUCUUCAUAUUCAAAUGUUACCAUCCACCAUGUACCUGUUUUUGGUCCAUUUUGUGACAGUCUCAGCCCACUAAUCAUCAUCAUCAUUAGUUUUUGAAACAGUCAACUUGAAUAUUAGGGAUGCUCCAAUCAGGAUUUUAACAUCUGAUACCGAUCUCCAGUUUUCUUUUCAUCUCAUCAAUCGAUGCUGAUCAUUUAAGUUUUAUCAGCAGCUCUGUCAAAACUGGUUAUAUGUAAGCUUUCUGCUCAAUGUCACUGUUAACUAAAUUUCCCUGUUGGUAAAAUCAUAAUUGUUGCCUAGUUUUUGUUGUCAAAAAUAAUGUUGGUUGAAGGAGUAAUUCAGUAUACACAAAAUAUAAUGUUAAAAUAUAAAUGGUACUCUUUAUUCUAGGCCUUAAAAACUAGUUGGCUUAUACAAACUAUUCUUUACUGUUUAUGAGAUAGUCCUAAAGAAUGAGGCUUAAUGUCAAACUGAGGUUGAACUGAUAAUAAUUUAAAGUUAGUUUGUCACCAUUUCAUUUAAUAAUUUGUAUUCAUUAUUUUAUUAUAUUUAGCAAUGCAUUAUAUUAUAGUAACUAAAUAUUUGAUAGAUUUAUUAUAUGUAUGUUCCUUCCUUUUCAUUGUGUUGGAUGUUGGUAAUUAGUUCCGCUUUCACUUGUUUCCGCGGGGAGUGUAAUAAGGGCGACACACUCUCUCGUGAGGGAAACAAAUGACAGGAGAAUGAAGAGAUUUUUCUGGACUCUACAGGUUUUGCUGUUAAUGCUGUUUGCUCAGCAAUCAUUUA